AUGUAUCUUGAUACUGCUGCUGAAAUGUGGAAUGUUCUAAAUAACCGAUUCAACCAAGGAAAUGGUCCAAGAAUCUUUGAGCUCAAUGAAAAUCUCACAUACCUUCAUCAAGGUGAUGAUUCUGUCAGCACUUACUUCACCAAACUCACUGCAAUUUGGGAUGAAAUCAACCAGUUAAGGCCAAGAUUCCCAUGCACUUGUGCUGCUGCUGCACAAGCACAACACCACCAAAAUCAUGAUCAAGUCCUUCAGUUUCUCAAAGGACUCAAUGAAUCAUAUCAUGCAGUUCGUGAUCAGGUACUUCUCAUUGACCCUUGUCCUUCUCUUAAUAAAGUUUUUUCCAUGAUAAUUCAUCAAGAAAGACAACGAUCUCUGGGCACUCGAACUAUUCCCACCAUUGCUGCUGUAACAUCGAACUCUGCCCCCAAUUCUGUACCUGAUCCAUCCCCUGCUGCAAACCAAACAUCAAGAAACAAAAGGCCUCGCCCACACUGUACUCACUGCCAAAAACCAGGGCACUACAAAGAUAAGUGCUACUUCUUACAUGGUUUCCCACCUGGUUAUGGCACUAGAAAACCUGCUGAUAACAACAACAGGAAACAAGAAACUGGUUCUACCAGUCGAAACCAACCUCAAACAUCUCAAGUCUCCACUACUGAUUGCUCUACAAAUCAACUCACUUCCGCACAAUGUCAACAAUUGAUUUCCAUGCUCACUCAGCAACUAAAUCCCACACCAGAUGCCUCCACUUCAGAUGCACCAAUUGCAAAUCAAUUUUCUGAUUUUGAAGAUUGGGACAGCUAAUCAACAUGGCAAUCUCUACUAUUUGCAGCAAGAUUCACCUUCUGCAACACCUUUUAAAUCAAUUUCUUGUAAUAUCAAUAUCAAUACAAACCAAUGGCAUACACGCCUUGGUC